GUUCCGAUGGCUGUGGUCGAUCGAUCCGAGAGAAAAACAAAAAACGUUCACGUCACAAUACCUGCCACCGUCCAUUGGCCAAUCAGACAAGAGGGUGCCGGUGACGUGCUCGAUCCUGGACCAGAGUCCUCACUGACAGGUGGAGAGAACGGCGCUUCGUUAAGUUUGCAGUGGUUUACGAGGUCGGUGCGGAAGUGCAGACUUACGUUAGUUUAUUAUAGAAUAAAAGAAAAAGUACACUUUACAAACGAGGGUGGAUAAUUAAUAAUACGACACAGGAGCUGAACAAAGGAGCCACGACAGUGUCGGUUUAUUGUACUAUAUAAAACUUAAAAGAUAAUAAGUAAAAGACGACUAUUUUACGAACCUUUGUUUUAUUUUGAAAAUCCAUACCGGAACCUCGCAAACCACCGCUUUUCUGCCUCAAUGAUUGAUCAGCGGACGAUCCUCCCGUCGGUGUUGUUUUAUCGUUGAUUUCUCUUCGGACGUUGACAGUCGUUUUCCGUCCAACAUGGCGGCUUCUGUCCACCUCCUUCCCGCUGUCUUUCUCUUCUCCGUUUUUCCCGCCGUGGUUUGGAGUCGCGGGGACGUGCUGGAGCUCGGGGACGCGGACUGGGACUAUCUAGCACCGGAGCAUCAAACCAUGCUGGUCAAGUUCUACGCUCCAGGGUGUGGACACUGUAAAAAACUGUCUCCAGAGUUUGAGAAAGCAGCGAGUCGACUGAAGGGGACUGUCAGGUUUGCCAAGGUGGACUGUACGUCCCAGACGGAGACCUGCAGUCGUUUUGGAAUCACAGGUUUUCCCACUCUGAAGAUUUUCAGGAACGGCAGAGACUCCGGACUCUACGACGGUCCUCGGACCACAGAUGGUAUCAGUCAGUACAUGAAGAAGCAGACCGGUCCAGACUCAGUCCAGCUCCAGACUCCUGAAGAUCUGCAGAACUUUGUCAACCACUACGACGCCAGUGUCGUGGGCGUGUUUUCAGGUGAGGAGAGUUCUGGUCUCUUGGAGUUCCUGAAAGCUGCUGCUCUACUCCGAGACCAGUUCAGGUUCGCUCACACCACAGAGCGCCACCUGGGGGAGGAGCACGGCAUCCAGGCUGAGGGUGUGUUGCUCUUCCGUCCUCCCAGACUCAGCAGCAGGUUUGAGGACAGCGUGGUGGUCUUCACAGACUACCUCACCAUCAACUCACUGCGGCGCUUCAUCAGAGAUCACAUACACGGCUUGUGUCCCCACAUGACCCUCGAGAACAAGGACCGCCUGAGGGUCCGAGACCUGCUGACGGCCUUUUACGACCUGGACUACCGUCACAACGUGAAAGUGUCCAACUAUUGGAGGAACAGGGUCAUGAAGGUGGCGUCCCAGUAUAAGACGGCAGGCCUGACCUUCUCAGUAGCCAAUAAGAAGGACUUCCUGUCUGAGCUGGAGGACGACUUUGGUCUGGGGACGUCGGACGGAGGCGAGCUGCCGUUUGUCACCAUCAGAACCAAACUGGGCCACAAGUUCACCAUGAGGGAGGAGUUCACGUACGUAGCUACGCUAACAGUACCUGAUGAUCUGUGA